AUGAAAAUAAUAAAGUGUUUUGAAAUGCUUAUAACAUUAAUUAUGUUGUUUAGUGUAAAGGGUUAUUUUGUAAAAUGUAAUAAUGAUGAAGAAAACAAAAGUAGUAACAUAUAUUUAUCUAAAUGUGAUAAAUCAUAUAACUUUUUGGAAAAUCCGUUGAAAAUUUCGAAUUCCCCUGAUAAUUUAUCGUAUGAAGAUGUACAAAAACAAAUCUUUGAUAUAGACUUAAAUACUCUUCAUGUUUCUCUUCUCAACAAUUUGCGCAUUAGCAAUCUGCGAAGUAUCAUCGACAUUAAGUCAGCAAUUUUCAACUGCAUCAUCAACACGUUCCGACAAAUGGCGAAGGCCCUGCCCGCAGUCCUCGAAGAAGUAUUUACAUACAACGAGUUUUGCAAAUCCAUUGAAGAAACAUUUUCCUUUUUAUAUGAAAUAGAUGAAACAUAUGAGUUUAUGAUUAAAACUUGUUCUGAUAAUACACCGAAUGAGAUUGUAUAUACUUAUUUUAAUACAUACAUUCAAGAUAUAGAAGAUGUAAUAAAAAUAUAUCGAGAAGAUCCAUCAUUAAUAUUUUCAAAAUUUGAAUUUGUAAUGACAUGUUUAAAUGAGUUUUAUAGAAAAAUAACUGGAAAUUUUUAUCCAUAUAUUAAAGAUACAACAUUAUUUAAGCAAUAUAUGAGUGACCAUGAAUAUAAAAAAACAAAUUCGAAAACAGAUGAUAUAAAAUAUAUUGAAGAGUUUAUAAAAUAUUUUCGAGAAAAUGUCGAUAAAAUAGAUGUAAUGAAUUUUUUCCAAGAAAUUUAUAAUUUCUAUUAUGUAAACAGUUUUUAUAUAUCCUGUUUUUAUGUUUUUUAA